AUGACUGGACACACAAAUACCCAACUGCAUCAGCCAAAGAUACUAAUCAGAGAAGAUAAAUUGUACCUACUUUCCAAACUGGAUUAUGAACAGUUAACAAGAUUUGUGGUUUAUGUUGAAGCUGUUGAUGGCGGUGGAUUAGUUAAUUUCACUGAAGUUGAAGUCACUGUUGAAGACUGUAACGAUCAUGCUCCUACAAUAAUGCUGAUCCCAGUAAGAUCCUCGCCAAAUACUAAUAACCAAACAUAUAGCAGCAGUAAAAACAGCCACCACAAUAUGCUAUCGGUAUCAAGCUUACCCAAGUUGAAUAUGGAUUUAUUAUGGAUGGAAGAAGAAAACUAUGACCAAAUUAAGUUAGCCACGGUCAUGUCAUUUGACCGUGAUAAAAAAGACAAUGGUCGUGUAACCUGUUAUCUGGAUAAAUCAGGACAAUUGAUAAACAACUUUGACUACAGUCAAUUAUUCGAAUUAGUACCAAAUCGACCGAUUCUUGAUCCUACUAGUACUACUGUUAAUGAGAAUUUUAGUAGUAUGAAACAGAACGAUGUUUAUGGUAAUAUUACACUUACAGAUAAACCGUCGAUAUUUAGCCUAUAUAAGAAGGGUGGAGUUAAAGUGGAUAGAGAGGAAAAUCAAAAAUUACUUUUCGAUAUCGUCUGUACAGAUAAUGGUGAAGUGAAUCUGCAGUUAACCCGAAGAACUUUACAUGUCAUUGUUGGUGACGUUAAUGAUCAUCCACCACAAAUCCUAACAACAAAUAACCAAUUAGAUCAUGCGCUAUCAUAUAAAGAAAGGAAGGAUGGAGAAUCUUUCAUCAGUCAAGUAUUCACUGUACCAGAAAAUGAACCAUUAGGUACUUACGUAGGUACCGUCUUAGCCAAAGAUAUCGAUGAAGGUAUUAACUCACAAUUGUUGUAUAGUUUUAUCUCAGCAACAAACAAUAAUCCCACUUUGAGAAGUAAUUCAAAUGAACUGUUUGAAAUUGAUAAUUUAACCGGCAGAAUUACAACACGAAUCCCCUUAGAUCGUGAAGCACAAUCAAGCUACAUAUUUAGUGUACAAGUUAUGGACUCUGGGAAACCAUCUUUAUCAUCCAGUUGCAAAGUACAAAUAAAUGUAGCCGAUGUCAACGAUAUGCCACCGAUAUUUGAAACGUCAGAUCCUAGUGGAAGAAUAGUAUUUCAAGUAACUGAAUCCGUGGGUAAUCGUCGUGUACAUGGUCGGUUGGUAGGGCGUCUUAAAGCUUAUGAUAGUGAUUUCGGAUCUAAUCAAACGAUUCGUUACGCAUUUGUAAAUGAUUCCCUUUCACCUGCUCAAUUACCAGUUUUAUAUCGUAUUUCUUUGGAUGGUCAUAUUUAUGCAGAUGGAAAUAUGGACAGAGAAGCUUACAAAGAACACCAAUUCACUGUUAUAGCCGUUGAUGGCGGUCCUGCAAAUUAUCAACUAACAAGUAGUGCAGUUGUUCUGGUCAAGUUGCUUGACAUAAACGAUAACCCGCCUCACUUUAUCUAUCCUUCUAGCAAUGUAUUGAAUAAAAUCCCUUCUGAUUUGAUGAAUGUAACAGUUGAUACAUCACCUGGGACUGUUCUUUAUUCAGUACAAGUAACUGAUUUGGAUGAACCUCAAAACACAAAACUUAGCUUUGCACUACAUUCAGCCCGUUUUUUAUCGGAUUAUUUCACCUUGAAACAAAACGAUGUUCACAUAUCCGAGACAAAAGGUUAUACCGAGGCAAGUGCAGAUUUAAUUCUUGUCAAUUCCUUGACACAAUUGUUGCCAACAUACAAAAUGACACAUACUACAAUAAAUGAGGCAAAUUUAAACAAUUUGAACAGUGAACCAUCCAUUUUAUCCUCUACGAAAGUAAAUGGAGGGCAACAUUACCCAGCUGAGUAUUUUCUGUAUAUAAUUGUUAAAGACAGUGAUAAAGAGACAGGAUUUACCUCAACUGCACGUUUACGAAUUCAUGUUUACUCAGAAAGGCUGUCACCAUCAGCUUCAUUAUCAUCAAGCAUUAUCGCAUCAAGACAGAGGUCGAAUCUGUCUACAAUUUCAAGUGCGUUGCAAAUCGAAAAUUCUGGAGUGCCCAUACCAACUAUUGAUGGAACAAGUAAUGCGGAAAUAAUACAUUCUUAUGGGGUUGAACUAAGAGAUAUGGCACAGAUGUAUCAAAGUAAAUCCAAUACCCACAAUAGUAAUAAUAUGACUAUUUUGUUAAUUAUAUCCAUAGUCAUCAUUUGUGUAUUUAUAGGCGUAUUUUGUUCUGUCGCAAUCUUCUACAUACGUGGAAAUGUAGUCAACUGUCGAGAGGUUAAUGGAACUAGAUCAUCAGAAGUAUACACAACUGCACAGCCUACAUGCACUGACAAUUGGUCUGUUGGGGAAAUAAGUGAACACUGUAAGACACCAUCAAGUUGGGAAGCACUAAACUGUAAAGACAUGGCCGUACAUUUAUCAAAUGUUGAACAGAAUACACUAAACAAUAAAAGUAAAACAUAUAUUAUAACGCAGCCCCCAAAUUAUCCUAACACUGAGCAUACAGACACAACGCCAAUGACGUUCAGCCCAAUGUUCAGUCGAAAUCAUAAAGUGAAUUUUAUAACGACAAGUCAGUUAAACAGUGAUUCAGAGCAGAUUGCCAUAGAAACAACUUGUGCACCGUUUGAACAGCAUUAUGAUUAUCACAACAAUAAUGAAUCCAUCCAUCAUAUAUAUUCCCGUUUGCCAACAAAUAUUACCACAUCUAGUUCAGUCAUAAAUAAAGAACCGCAUGGUACUUAUCUUGCUCCUUAUUAUCAGGAACUAUAUUACCCAGCACUGAAGCCUACCUUUAAAACUAUCUUACGGUCACAAGGACAAGUAGUUUCAACAUCUACAUCAAAUGAUCAAUUAUUGAAUAUAAAGACUGACCAAAUAAAUCUUAACCUCUUACAGAACCCAGUAAUAAAUGAAAAUACAAAGUUAUUCACAUUUAUUCCAUCGAAUUCACCAAGCAAACUAAACACAGAUAGAGUCAUAGGAGUUAACUUCCACCAUUCAAGUCCAGUUAUAGACAUUGAGAAUAUUCAUGGUAUACAAACGACAAAUCCUUCACAAAAUUUGAACGAAAAUGCAGCAAAUAAAUCAAGGUCAUCAAUGAAUGAUCUGAGCUCCUGUAUAGCAGAAAAAAGCAAACUUCCAGCUGAUCAUCAACACCUAUCUGUGAAAAGUAAUAAUCUUUUAGUACUGUCGACAAUAAAUUCAGUGAAUGCUGAGAAACAAACCGGAGGCCUCUUAUGGUCAAGAAAUGAACAACCUACAUGUGUAGAAUGUAAUAACUUUCGAACUUCAACAAACUCUACACUGUGAUAACGUUGAAUGCAUAUUUAAUAAGAUUUUUGUCAAUUUAAGUUGCUUUACUAAUUAGUUAGCAGAAAAGAUUACAAAUACUAAAUGUUUAUCUGAUCAUAAAUUUUGUUGUACAGUUGAAUAUAAACGCCAGUAAGCGAUACCGUACUGAAGUUGUUAUUUUGAGUUGUUUUUUGGAAAUGUGAAAGUAGACUACCAUUUUUAAACACCUGAAUUAAUCCAAAGUCAAAAGGAUUAGUUCAAGGAUUUUUUAUACAUUUUAUGAUAAAAUAUACACAUAUAUC